UUUGUUACAAAUUACAGGAAAGCACUAACUUACCAGUGUGUAUACAUAAUUAAUAUUCAUAAGCAAAGAACAUUAUCCCAAAAUCAAAUAAACGUCAUUGAAUUGGAAUAAUAAAGUAAACUAAAUAUCUAUAUUUAAUAUUGACAUACUUCAGAAAAAGAGGGAAGCCAUAUAUGUGUUGUAAAUUGAAGAUUAUUGCUAAUAACAACGGCAAGAAAUAUAACACUUAAAAAAUGUCGGUUAUUGAAUUGAAUAAAAGAUAUCCCUUGGUUCUUGAAGAAAGCAACACUUUCUUUGAGGAAUGGAAACGCUGGUGUCGACUUUGUGCAAAAGCCGAAGUGCAAUGUAUUAAUGCUUUAACAGGACACUAUGCGCAAUCCACACUCGCAAGUGAUAAUUACAAUUCGUUAAACAUACUUGCUGCUAUAGAUGAAUUUUUUCACGUUCAGAUUAAGGAAGAUGAGAAGCUCUCACCUUUUGUUUGCACUGAGUGUUUCGAUGUGGUAACAUCAUUUGUUAAAUUUAAUGAUAACGUUAAAAAGGUUCAGCAAUUGUACCAUGAGCUUUUGCAUAGCGAUGAUAAGACCAAACUCAAUUUGCCAGCUUUAUAUGCUAGGUAUGGUCUAUGCAGAGAAGAGACUAUUUUGACACAAAUCAGUAGUAGCAAAGUGCCAGUGGAAGAAAUUUUCAUUGCUGAUUCGCCCGUACCAAAGUGUGCUAAUUUAUCGAUUCAAAUAAAAAAUGAAAGUUCUGAUGAAUUUCCGGCAGAAGUGUUUAUUAAAGAGUUCGAGAAAAAGGAAGAAUUUCAAGACCCCUUCGGGGAAGAGGAAGUAUUCACAGAAUUGAAAACCCGUGCGCCUGUAAAUGACGACGAUAAUAGCAGAAGUGAAGAUUUCAAUUUGCCAAUGGAUACCGAAGAUACUGAUGAUGAAGACGAAGAAGUUUAUACAAAAAAUAAAAUUAAUAAUGACAGUGUAGAGUCAGAAGAUUCUGCUGAAAUAGCCAAAGAAACGGCACAUACUUGUGGUAUUUGUUUAAUGAGUUUUCAUCGCAGAUGUAACUAUUCGGUACACGUAAAGAAAAAGCAUAGUAAACACUUAUGCCGGCAUUGUCCAAGCUUAUUUGAUAGUAAACCAGUUUUAAAGGAACAUAUGAAAGACCAUCGACAAUUAUUCCCCUGCCCACAUUGCGAUCGCAAAUUCGUAACAAAGGAAUACGUAUCGCAACACAUAAAGUUUAUACAUGAUGACGAACGUCCAUUUAUUUGCGAAACAUGCGGUGAUGCCGUCCGCACGAAGGGACAACUUAAAGAACACAUGUUGACUCACACGGACUAUUCGCCCUUUGAAUGCAAAGAAUGUGGAAAAUGCUUUAAGCAAAAACAACGGUUGAAGAGACACAUGCAGAUACAUGGUGACAAACAUAUUUGUACAGAAUGCGGCAAACAACUGAGCACGCGCGCUACACUAAAUAGUCACCUACUCGUGCAUUCGGACAAGAUGCCACACAAAUGUGAUUAUUGUGGACGACUUUUCAAACGUGCUAAAACGCUUAAAAAUCAUUUAAUUGCACAUACUGGCCUUCGACCGUAUUCAUGUGACUUUUGUGACAAAACAUUUUCGACAGGACCAAGUUGUCGUUUUCACAAGAAAACUAUGCAUCCUGUUGAAUUGGCUGCUCUGGAGGCAUCAGGGGUGAAAACAUAUACAAAAAAUAUACCAAAUUUAGAUGUGUUAAAGGCCGUAUCGCGAACUGCGGAAAACCUCACGCCUCUGGCAUCCAAACAAAAUGGUUAUGCAACAUUUGAUAGAAAAAAAGAACCGCCUAAAGAGGAUGUAGAAGCAAAACCAAACGAAACAGCUAUGGCAGUCGAUACAUAAAUACCGAAAUCAGUUUUGGAAAGUUGGUUUUCUUUAACAAUGACAGUCCCAAGAAAAACGAUUUAUGCAUUUGUAUGUGAAACUCGUUAUCACGUUUGAAAUACAAUAUUAUUUGACGUAUGAACAUGUAAACAGAACACUUUAUGCAUACAAACAUAUGUAUGUAUGUGUAUAUUUAAAUGCAUAUGAAGUUGAACACAAAAUUCAAUAUAUUUAAUAAAAUAGAUAAAGAUUUUAAAGAUAGAUUUUAUUAAAUACCUAUCUUGGCGUACGAUUACUUUAAAUUUA